AUGCCAGGAGCACUGGAAGAUUUGUUGAAUAAGUCAGACCGGUUGUCGAUACCAUCGAAAGUCAUUUCGAAAACAUCAUCGGGAUCUUCGUACAAAACUCGUGUCGAUCUUGCAUUAAAUGAUGUCUUUCGACGCAGUGAAGAUUUAUGGAAAAGAAAGGCACCUGCAGAGGAACGGUUAUCCGAUGUGGAAAUGGGUUUGUUAUUGGGUGGAAAAGGCUUUUCACUCAGCUCGAUACCACAAAUGCAAGAAGGAGCAGCAGAAAAUGAAGUAGAUGAACUUGUGUUACCUUCGGCGGAUUGCCAGCAUAUGCUGAACGAAAUUGUCGCUGAAACUUCUAUUCGUACUCGUUUGGAAGCUGAAAGAGCCUUCAUGAAUCAACGUGUAGUGGAUCAGGCGUACACGGCGGCUAAAUAUGUAGCGAAAGCUACUCCUUCUGCAGUCCCACUUUCCAAAACAACAUACUUGGAUUCCACGACUUCCAUUAAACCUGGUGAUAGUAUAGAAUUGACGUUCGCCAAGGGUAUUUCUGAUUACAUAGCAGAAAAAAAAGUGGACAACUUAGCCAUGGCUUUUAGAGAAGCUGCAUCGAAAUCGCGCGAUGAUGGAAUAAUUGCAUUAUGGGGACAAGCUCUUGCCCCACUAAGUCACCCAUUUGUUGUUUCCGGCACUGCCAGAAAUUUCCGCUCUUCGAUCUCUUGGAUGAGGCACAUUAUUGAUACAACUUUGGAAUUUCUUCACAAAAAUUUUAUUUCGUACAUGGAGACAGUUGUGGAAAAUAAUUUAGCAGUUGCUCGCAGAGGUGGUAAUCCAACGAUGCUAUCGCUUAUCGAUGCUUUUCUAAAUGUGAAACACUUAAAGCCAACUCAGCGACACACUCAGGAUGGCGUGUAUGGACCAAAUGGACAUGCUCUUUGGGAAGUUGUUUAUCAUUGUUUAAGAGCUGGAGAAUUGCAGUCUGCUGCAAAAAUAGCUGAUUCACAUUUGAAAAAUUUACCAUCGUGUGCAGCUGCGACAAUUGCUCUGCUUGAACUUGAAAAAAGUAAGAAGCUUUCUACUGAUGUUCGAUUAAAAGUGAAGGCGGAAUGGCGUUGUGAAUCCCGUUCGUUUGUGGAUAUUCACAAAAAGGCAGUAUAUUGUGCUCUGCUUGGUGGUGAUGUUCCUGAAGUUUGCAAUAAUUUAGAAAAUUGGCUAUGGUUAAAAUUAUAUCCAUGUGGUAUAGAUCCUGCCCUUUCACCUGCAGUUUUCAGAGAGCUUCAGCGACUUAUAUCUGUUGACUACGGUGAGAGCUACUUUGUUGGCAAUGAUGGAAGUGUGUUAAUAUAUUUUCAAGCAUUGUGGUUAACAGGACAGUAUGAACGUGCGAUAAAUCUUUUACAUAGGAAUAACAUGUUGACACAUGCUGUACAUCUAGCUAUUUUAUUACAUCUCAACAAUGUAUUGAUUCCUGUUGACGACAUCGGACAUUCAAUACUGGUAAGCCAGCAAGAAGACCCAGUGCAAAGUUCGCUAAAUUUUUGUCGCUUAAUUUUGCUCUAUAUGAAGGGAUUUGAAUGUACGGAUGUUGAACGUACUUUGGAUUAUGCAUAUUUUUUGAACAAAAUGGAGUCACCUGUUGGUGGAAAUUUGUUCUACUCUUGCAUUUCUCGUGCGGUUUAUUUGAGUGAUGAAACAUGGCGUAUUAUUGGAAAAAUUACUGAAAACGGUACUCGAUAUGAAGGUCUCAUCGAUAAAUACGCCAGAGAUAUCAUUGUUGAAGAUGCUAUCGCAAAAGUUGCCUCUGAUACGGAAGUCAGUGGUGAUGGAACACUUGCUGGACAACUUUAUAUGGCUGCCGGUCAUGUUGACGACGCAAUACGACUAGCUUGCGAAGGUUUAGCUAAAGAAAUCACGCAGCAUAAAGAUGCCGGUGAAGCUCGUAAGCUCGCACUGUGGCUUGCAAGUAUUUGUAAGCACUCAACGAAGAUAGCUCCUAGGAACACACUGGAUGCACUUCCAACGUUAUAUCUCUUACUCGACAUAUCAACUUUUUUCCAAUUUUAUCAUGACAAGAAAUUUGAAGCUUGUAUAGAAAUAAUUAAGAAAUUGAAAUGCAUACCGAUGAAUCCAGAUGAAGUGCAGGCAUUUGUAUCCACUUUUUACAUGGUCUCCGAUCAAGUGCGGUUAGUGCUACCAGACCUGUGUGUAGCAGUGAUGAAAUUGCUAGCGGAAGAAUUGAAUCGAAAUCCAGCAGCAAGCGAUGAACUUCGGCCGUCGGCCAAAGCAAUUAUUUUGUACGUUGCGAUGAUCCCGUAUCGAUUUCCGUCACAGACUAGUACACAAAUUUUGCACUUAAGUACAAUUUUUGAAUGA